AUGUGGACCCUCAACCUGGUCCUGCUGGGCCUGCUGGCCGCAGUGUCCCCUGUCAGCUGUCAGGAAGGUGUGGGGGGCUUGCAGCCCUGGAUGCAGGGGCUCAUUGCUGUGGCUGUGUUCCUGGUGCUGGUGGCCAUCGCCUUUGCUGUCAACCGCUUCUGGUGCCAGGAAGAGCCGGAGCCUGUGACCAUGGUGAUGACAGACAAGGCAGAUGGGGUGUUGGCAGGGACGGCAGGCAGGUAUGCCUCCACAGCUGCUGGCUUCAGGUUCGGUGAGCAUGUGAAUGCCUACGAGAACAUUCUGGAGGAUGAGGGCAAAGUCCGAAGCACCCCCAUGUGAAUCCAGCCCGGGUCUUUCCCUCUGUA